UCGGCCGCCAUGGCGGACGCGGAGCCAGAGGCUGAGGACGGCAGCGAGGAUGGCGGCGGCGGCGGCGGCCGGGCUCUCCCCGACCAGAGGGGCAGCGCCACCCGCGUGGCCCCGCUGGGCCCUGAGCAGCUGCGGCGGGUCCUGGAGCAGGUGACAAAGGCGCAGCCGCCGCCGCCACCCUUCGUGCUGCAGGACGCGGCGCGGCGGCUGCGGGACGCGGCCCAACAGGCCGCCCUGCAACGGGGCCCCGGCGCCGAGCCCCCGCGCCCGCCGCGCCUGCUGCCGCCCCAGCAACUGGAAUCCAUUUGUGUCAAGGUAACAUCUGGAGAAACAAAAGGUCAGGAAAGGCCGAUGCCCCCACUGGCCACCAUCCAGCCCACAACAGCCAGGCUGAGCCAGCCGCCCGGGAGGCACUCCAGUGUGUUGGGGCUCACUGUCACUAGGCCUCAGCUGCUCAGGGCACAGCCUCUCCUGAGUGCCAAGCCACAGCCACAUUUCCUGAGUCACUCACCUCAGCUUCCUGUUCAGUUGUUUGUACAGAGGCCACUGCCUGCCCUCCGACCGGUCCCUGCAAAGAGAGUCGCAGCCCCCCAGGCUGCAAAUGGACAGGAUGCCAUAUUGGCCCCUUUGUCAGUCUCUGACCCGCCGACACCUGUUUCAUCCAGUUCAGCAAAUUUACUGAUUUCCAACUUGUAUCCAAAACAUACUGAAAAACUGAAAAAAUCUUUAAAAGUGAAAACGCGUUCUGGGCGGAUAUCUCGACCUCCGAAGUAUAAAGCUAAAGAUUAUAAAUUUAUAAAAACGGAGGAUUUGGCCGAUGGUCACCCCUCAGAUUCUGACGAUUAUUCAGAACUGAGUGUGGAAGAAGAUGAAGAUCAGAGGGAAAAGCAGGUGCUUUUUAACUUACCAAGCUGCUCGCUGAGGCCCAAAACUUUCAAGUGUCAGACGUGUGAGAAGUCAUACAUAGGAAAGGGGGGACUGGCCCGGCACUUGAGACUUAACCCAGGCCACGGCCGGCUGGACCCUGAGAUGCUGCUGCCUGAGAAAGCCAAUGGGAGUAUGAUCCGGGGCUGUGUGGAGGGCCGGACCCUCAGCCUGGCAUCGCCACAGCCGAUCACACCAGCUCAUGUGCGUGAGGAAGGGCCCGGGUCAUCAGGGGGUGGCUUCCAGAAUGGCCAGUCUGUAGAAGUCGAAGAGGUGUUGGCGUCUGAACCAGCAGAUGGAAGAUCUUCAGCCCUUUUGGGACCAGAGGAACACCCAGGGCCUAGGAGUGGCUGCUCCGCGGCCCUUGCAGAGCCCGAUGUGGCCGGCCUGGAGGAGAGCAGAGCAGCUGAACCGCAUGGGAGUGCUGUGGCCGCAGGCGACAGCACAGCGAGGACCAGAGCCAGGCUCCAGGAGUUUCUCCACCAGUGUGACCGGGAGGAGCUCGUGGAAUUGGCUCUGCCUCAGCUGGCUCAGGUUGUGACCGUGUAUGAAUUUCUCCUGAUGAAGGUUGAAAAAGGUCAUCGCAAGCCUUUUUUCCCAGCCGUGUACAAGGAAUUUGAAGAGUUGCAUAAAAUGGUUAAGAAAAUGUGUCAAGAUUACCUCCGUAGUUCUGGCCCGUGUUCUCAGGAGCCCCUGGAAAUAAACAGUAAUGAGGUCGCUGAGUCACUAGGAAUCACUGGAGAAUUCCUGAGGAGAAAAGCACACACAGAUCGCAGUCCGCAUGCGUGCACCAGCCGAGAGGUGGGCAGGGAGGAGGAAGAGGCAGCCAGCCCACAGAAGAGGGAAAACGAGACGUCAGAGGAGGGGCUCGUCUCUGCGAAAAGGACCCGAAGGGCAGCUCUGCCCGAGGACACCAUGGAGUCUUCUGCCGACAGCGGAGGCCCGGGGAGGCCGGCCAUGUGUGCCCCAAUGGCCAGUGAGUGUUUUGCCUCUCGAGUAAAUGGGGACGCUGCCCACCAUCCUGAAGAAGGCCACACGAUGCCCGUUUCUGGUAGCGACACAAGCACAUCACAGGCCGGCCAGCAGCUUAAAGUACUUGCUGACCUAGCAGCUGGGGGUGGGGCUGCAGACCCUGCUCCCUGCUAUCAGGAGGUCAGUGGGCCAGGUCUUCAUACUCAGCUGGGAGAGCCCCGGAUGCUGACGCAGGGACAGGGGGCAGCAUUCCCCACGCAGAAUGCUCAGGGAAACUCUUCAGACUUGAACGCUGGGGACCGCCCGAGGAGCUGGGGUCUCUGCAGCAGCUCGAUGUCCACAGGAGGAGUGGCAGCAUCUUUGCGGCCUGGCAGGUCCGGAAACGCCGAGGCUGGAAAGCUCCACGAGAUGCCCGAGUACCAGCUGGGCGGCUGGCAGCCCAGCCCUGGUGAGGUCCCUCUUACGGAGGUCGCAGCCCCUCCACUGGAGAAAGUCCUGUCCACGGGUGUCCUGCCAGCGGACUGUGCCUGCAGCACCGUGUCUGAGCCGGGGCCUCAGCUCAGCCGGGACGGAGUGCUGUCCACCGAAGGAGGUCUCAGCAGCCAUGCGGGGGACUUAGACCAGCUUUCCUGCGGGCCCGGGAUGCACACUGACCCAAGAGCACUGGAAGGCAUCGUUGCUGUUGGUGAAGCCAUGACUUUUGAAAUUACCAACGGGUGCCAUGAGUUGCCCCAGGAGCAGAUAUUUAUUCAGACUUCUGAUGGGCUUAUCUUGUCCCAUCCGGGUUCCAUAGUGUCUGGGGAGGACAUUGUCAUACUGGCCGAUGCGGAGGGGCCUGCCCUGCAGACAGGCCCACUGGGAGGGGCCCCUCUGGGAACCUCGGAGGCAGAGCCCUCACUGUGAAACGGACUCAGAGCUGUAGCCCUGGAUUUGUACGUAUUUUAUCCAAAAAAAGGUUUAUUUCAAGUCAUGUGGUGUAUUUUUCUAAUGUGAAUACU